AUAUGUAGGACCUGUUUACGAUCCUAGGGUUUUGGUUGUUCGCGCGCGCGUAUUUAAACAUUGCUUUGAAGAAGAUGAUAAAAAUUGAUUCCUCAUGUGUGCACAAAGUUUCUGAAUCUAUAUUUUCUUUUUUUGUUUUUUGUUCUCUGUAAAUUAUUGUCUUCGCUUCAUAUUCUUGCUCUUCUUAUUUGAUUCUUAUUUUGAGAAAUGAUAUUUGCAAUUCUAGAGUGUGCAAACUUCCUAGAUUGUGCAAGUUUCGCUCAUGUCUUGUGAAAAAGUAGAUAAAUCUGGAGCACACACGAAAAAUUUAUUUUUCAAUGAGGAUCUACUUUUUUAGCAUUACUCAUUUUAUAAUCAAAUUGGUAUUUUUGACUUCCAAGAUUAGUUUUUUUUUUUUUUUAAAUUCUUUUUGGGGGGGUUGAUUUACCGUUUGACCCAUUAUAUUAAAAAAAGGAAAAUGAUAGGUACACCAAGAAAGUGUACCUAUCAUUUGUACUGAUCAGUUUUUUUUAGCAUUUGUGUUUGUUUAGUUUUUGAGAAAUGAUAUUUACAGUCGUAGAGUGUGCAAACGUCAUACAAUAUUUUGAAAAGAAGUGAGUAAAUAUGAGAUUCACGUGAAAAAAAUUAAUUUUUUAAUAGUGGACUCUAGUAUUUUUCAAAAGGAUUGCCCAACACUUGCACACUAUGUAUACAACAACCAUUUUUUCAUUGUGAAGUAUUCAAGGCUUUAUGGGAUGAAAUCUUCACUAGGCUUGGUAUCGCAUGGAUAAUGCCUAGGAGGGUGAUAGAUUUAUUGUCAUGUUGGAGAGGGAUUCGGGGCAAUCGUCACAUUGCAGCUGUUUGGAAGAUGGUGCCUCUAUGCUUAAUGCGGUGCACAUGGAACAAAAGAAAUGCUGUGGAAUUGCCAGACCAAAAAUGUCUGAGAAUCAAGGAGAUGAUGCUGAAUACAUGGCAGAAGAAUAUGAAAUGGAAGAUGUAGAUGAUGAGAUGGAUGAUGAGUUUCGUGGUAGAGAAAUGGGGGGCUCAGAGUCCGACAUUGAUGAAUAUGACCUCUCGAAUAGCAAAGUUACCACUGCUGGGCAAGCCAGAAGUGGAAAAGACAUCCAGGGGAUCCCUUGGGAUAGGCUUAGCAUCACUAGGGAGAAGUACAGGCAAACUAGGCUAGAACAAUACAAGAACUAUGAAAACAUCCCUCAUUCUGGAGAGGGAUCGGGGAAGGAUUGUAAGGUUACCAAGAAAGGGAGCUCAUUUUAUGAGUUCAGAAGGAAUUCAACAUCUGUGCAGUCAACCAUUCUUCAUUUUCAGUUGAGGAACUUGGUUUGGGCUACCUCAAAACAUGAUGUCUACCUUAUGUCUCAUUUUUCUGUCAUCCAUUGGUCUUCCUUAACUUGCCGCAAAUCUGAACCUCUUAAUGUGUCAGGGCAUGUGGCACCAUCAGAGAAGCAUCCAGGAAGUCUGUUGGAGGGAUUUACUCAGACUCAAGUGAGUACUCUUUCUGUUAAAGAUAAGUUGCUUGUUGCUGGAGGGUUCCAAGGAGAACUUAUUUGCAAGCACCUGGAUCGGCCUGGAGUUAGUUUUUGUUCCAGAACAACUUAUGAUGACAAUGCCAUAACCAAUGCUAUUGAGAUCUAUGCCAGCUCCAGUGGUGCAGUUCACUUCAUAGCUUCAAAUAAUGAUUGUGGAGUUAGAGACUUUGAUAUGGAGAAAUUUCAACUUUCUAAGCACUUCCGUUUUCCUUGGCCUGUGAAUCAUACUUGUCUGAGUCCGGAUGGUAAACUUCUCAUAAUUGUGGGAGACAACCCAGAUGGUCUGAUGGUGGACUCCCAAACUGGAAAGACAGUAACGUCCUUGCGCGGUCACUUGGAUUUCUCAUUUGCAUCAUCGUGGCACCCUGAUGGUUUGACUUUUGCUACUGGAAACCAGGACAAAACCUGCAGGGUUUGGGAUGCCCGAAAUCUAUCCAAGUCAAUCGCUGUUCUGAAGGGAAACCUUGGAGCCAUCAGGUCUAUCCGCUAUACUUCUGAUGGUCGGUAUAUGGCAAUAGCAGAGCCUGCUGAUUUUGUGCAUGUAUAUGAUGUGAGAAAUGGGUACGAUAAGGAACAGGAGAUUGAUUUCUUUGGCGAAAUAGCUGGCAUAUCAUUCAGUCCAGAUACAGAGUCUCUUUUUAUUGGGGUGUGGGAUCGUACUUAUGGUAGCCUCCUCGAGUAUGGUAGAUGCCGAAACUACUCAUACCUCGAUUCUCUAAUUUAAAUUGAAUAUGACACCUGAAAACAAGCGUGGUGUUGUUGCUGAUAAGUAGGCUUAAUUGAAGAAAAUCGGUAUCAUAUCAUGAAGUUAGAGAGGGGUGUAGUUGUUGUAUAUUUGAGAAGUUGUGCAAUUAUAGGUAAUUGGUCUUGUUUUGUUGCUAUUGAGGAUUUGUCAUAAAAGUGUGUAAAAGGGAGGGGACGUACAGAAGGCUAGAGAGAGAAGGCACUUCUUGUGCCAACAAGAGAAAAGAAUGAAUGAGUAUAUCUUGGGGGUGAUGCCUGGUUGCCAUCCUUCUUGUAUGUUAGAAAUUUUAUGACUUUAUUUUUUUAUUUAUUUUUGAGAGAGAAAGACUGUCUUGUGGAACUUACCAGUGAUCAUCACGGAUGUUUUAUUUCUCGUGUCAA